CGGGUGGCAGCUGUCCCAACAGCCUCUUGCGAAACAUCCCCUCAGGUGGCUGCCCGCUUCCUGCGCCGGGGCACAGGCAGCUCUUUGCGGGGCACCGGACACAAACGUCUGCGGAGCUCGAGGAAUCGGCCGUCUGGUUCGCCGUCCUUCAGCAUCAGUGGGUAUUACAGCAUCAUUUUGUCAGCAGAAAGUUGUUUUUCUGGAAACAGCCAUUAAGGAGGCAUGCACUGGUCUGCACUGGCUUCUAUGGGCAAAACCACUGACUGUUAAUGAGCUCUGUCUGGCAGCCAGGAAAGCAAUAGGGAAUGGAAAAUACCAUUAUAAAAAAAGAACCAGGAAAAAAAGGGGCAGACUGCUUUUUAGAGCUUAACAAAUGGCGGCCCAGUGUGUGACGAAGGUGGAACUGACCAUUGCCUGCACCAAUCUCUUGGAUAAAGAUGUUGGUUCCAAGUCAGACCCACUGUGUGUGCUUCUCCAGAACACGAGUGGUCAGCAGUGGUAUGAGGUUGAUCGUACAGAAAGAGUUAAGAAUUCCUUGAACCCAAAGUUUGCCAAGAAAUUCCUAAUUGAUUACUAUUUUGAGCUUGUUCAGAAACUUAAAUUUGGAAUAUAUGACAUCGAUAACAAAACCUUUGAUCUGAGUGAUGAUGACUUCUUAGGAGAAUUUGAAUGUACACUGGGACAAAUAGUUUCUAGCAGGACUAUAACAAAGCCAUUAGUACUUAAAAAUGGCAGACCUGCUGGAAGAGGAAGUAUUACGAUUACAGCAGAAGAAGUGAAGGAUAACAGGGUGGUUGUAUUGGAAGUAGAAGCAAGGAAACUGGACAAUAAGGAUUUUUUUGGAAAGUCAGAUCCUUAUCUGGAAUUCCACAAGCAGACUGGAGAUGGAAACUGGGUGAUGGUUCACAGAACAGAGGUUAUUAAAAACAACCUGAAUCCUGUUUGGAGGCCCUUUAAAAUCUCUCUCAAUUCUCUGUGUUACAGUGACAUGGAUAAGUCAAUCAAGGUUGAGUGUUAUGACUAUGAUAGUGAUGGGUCUCAUGAUCUCAUAGGAAGUUUUCAAACUACAAUGUCAAAACUGAAGGAAGCAUCUCGGUCCUCACCUGUUGAAUUUGAGUGCAUCAAUGAAAAGAAAAGACAGAAGAAGAAAACCUAUAAGAACUCUGGCAUUGUGAGCGUUAAGCACUGUGAGAUAAUAGUAGAAUGCACAUUCCUGGAUUACAUCAUGGGGGGGUGUCAGCUGAAUUUCACAGUGGGGAUAGAUUUUACAGGCUCCAAUGGAGACCCUCGCUCUCCAGACUCUCUGCAUUAUCUCAGCCCUAACGGGGUUAAUGAAUACCUAACAGCCAUUUGGUCUGUAGGAAUGGUCAUUCAGGAUUAUGAUACAGAUAAGAUGUUUCCAGCCUUUGGAUUUGGUGCACAAAUUCCUCCUUCAUUUCAGGUGUCACAUGAGUUUCCAUUAAAUUUUAACCCAUCAAACCCAUUCUGUAAUGGAAUCCAAGGCAUUGUUGAUGCAUAUCGGGCUUGUCUUCCUCAAGUGAAAUUAUAUGGACCAACAAAUUUUUCUCCAAUUAUAAACCAUGUGGCAAGAUUUGCUGCAGCAGCUACACAACAGCAAACAGCAUCUCAAUACUUUAUACUUCUGAUCAUAACGGAUGGUGUGAUAACAGACCUUGAUCAAACUCGGACUGCCAUAGUUAAUGCUUCGAAACUGCCCAUGUCCAUUAUCAUUGUUGGUGUUGGAGGAGCAGACUUCGAUGCCAUGGAGUUUCUUGAUGGUGACAAUGGAGUUCUUAGGUCCUCAUCAGGAGAACCGGCUGUUAGAGACAUUGUCCAGUUUGUGCCAUUCAGGAAGUUCCAAAAUUCUCCAAAGGAAGCUCUGGCGCAGUGUGUCCUGGCAGAAGUCCCUCAGCAAGUGGUGAACUACUUCAGCACCUACAAACUGCAGCCUCCAAAGAAUCCUGCUGCAAAGUGAAUGGGCUGAGCAGGGGAGCUGAGACUUUGUGCUUGCCUUACUUGCUGUAUCUACAGACUUUGGUUCUUGAAAUACUUCUGUAUACAUGUAUGCACAUACCUUUGUAUGGUAAUGUCUGUUAGCUUUUGCCUGCCAAUCACUUUGCCAAGAGUGCCUUUUAAGGGCCAAAACUGUGUUAAUAUUUUAUGUUAGUUUGAGAGGGCUUACAUGGGUGCAUUGUACUCUGAGAGUGCAAAAACCAAAAUUGAAUAUGCAUAGAGAAGGAGGAGAAUGGCUGGAAGUAGAACAGUUGCCUGUGAUAAAUGGGACCAGUGGGAGUUACUUUUGUGGGGAUUGUCAUCAAGGACUGCAGUUUCUCAAUGACUGUAAAACCAGUCUGAAAUGAAAUUAUGAAAAAGAGAGUACAUCCCCACCAAGCAGAUAAAAGUUUGUAUGUGCUUCAGUGAAUCUGGAAUACUUCAGGCUUCUGUGUCUAUUAAGCCAACAUAACAAAAUUUUGUCACAGGAGUUUCAUAAUGAGCUGAGUGCCAGAAGAUUGCGUAAAGGCUGUCCUUGCAUGCCUACUUCACGUGCUUCACUUUAGUGCCUUUGGCCAAUGCCUGGGAUUCAGGGCUGUGUGAACAUGAGCCAAACGAGUCAUUAAAGUGUAUAUUCUUUUAUAGUAUGCAUUCUCUUAAGGUAGUAGAGGAGUAGCUAGGAUGAGUCAAGGUAAACCUCUAAUGUGUCAGAAUACUCUGGGCCUUUGAGGCUACUACUGUAAAGGCUGUAACAUGUGCUUUAGUGUGUGCUGUGCUGAAAACCAGGAACUCCAGAUCUGGUGUGUGUUGGAGUUUUGUGUUGGUUGGUUGGUUGUUUUUUCCAUAAAACAAUCAUGACUGAUUUUUAAAGGGCUUCUUGUGAAGCCUUUUGGUUAAGAAGUUUUGUCUGAUUUAUAAUUGCAUAUUUUCAAGGCAAGGAAGCUCUUGAAAGUGCUGUAUUGGUUUUGUCUUAAUUUGAUUAAUGUUUCUUUUUCAUAGGCCCACUAAUGAAAAAUGCCCACAGAGAACCCAAUCUUCCCUCUUCCAGUAUGAAGACAUAAAAAAGUGUCCAAGCUCUAAUCCUAUAUUCCUACUGUGUUUCUCUAGGACAAGCAAUUUCUGGUUUAUUUUCUUGGCUUGAGUUUUCACCAUUUACAUCAAGUUGCUUAGGGGACAGAUGUUGCUUUCUUGUCUCCCAGCUGCAUGCUGAGGAUCCUUUCUGAUCUGUCAGUGCGUGUAACAUAAGUAGAUGUAAAGGUCUCACUUAUCCUUUCCAAAAUGCCCAUCUUGAACAUUAAUCUUGCAGUUUCACAUCUGAAGUGGUUUAGAGUUAGACAUCUGAGUGAUCUGAUUUUGGAUGGUCUAGCUGUAACGCGUACAACCAGAAUGGACUAACACCAAAAUUAGUAUACUUGGGCACUGAAGAGUGCUCCAGGUCAUACUGUAUAUGAAUUUGUAUGUGUCUUUUUUUUUUUUUUAGUUGCUGGAGCUGCUGUGUGGUGUGUUUUAUUUGGUUCUUUUUUUUUCAUAGGUGUAUAAUGCUGUCAAAAAUCUGAAUUCACAUUAACAUUGAUGGAUGAAUUAUACAUGUGUUAAGAUUGUCUUAUGCAUCCUGUAAAACCUACCAAAUUUAUUUUAGUCAGUUGAUGAGUUAUCUAUCAUGAAUUAAUAUGUAAUUCUCCACUCUAUUUUCCUUGGUGAAAGGGUGUCCUAAAUAGUUUCAGUAGUGGAAUACUAAGGAAGAGAUUUUGUUUUGUAUUAAGCCAAGCUCUGUCUUUUUUUUUUUUUUAUAUCUAAUCCAUGUGUUUAUAUAAAAAUCUGUAGACAUCUUUUUAUGAGUAGUGCAAAUGUGUUACUACUUUAUACAUAAACUAUAAUGAAGUGUCAUGCCAAAUAUGCAACACGAAAUAUUAAGGAAGUAGUGAUAGUGAAUUUAAAUCACACUGCUGCAAAUUGAUAUUGUAUGAUUUUGGAACAGUAAACUGUUGCACAGCUACAUGCUCCAUGUACAGAAAUAACUGGAUGAAGUAUUAAUGCUGUGUCUGGAUUCGUUGCAGUGGACGAGUACUACUGAUAGGAGUACAGUAUACUACUGAAGUUCCUCUGAGCUGUCUGCCAAAAAUAUAAUGCUGCAUCUCUGUCCUGUUACCAAUUCUAAGUUGCCGUGAAAGUGCAUUUAAAUGCAUUUAAACAUGUUAGUAGGUAUUAUUAUGCUAAAUACCUGAUGCAUAUAAAAUAAAACCUUUUGCUUUGUCUAUAUUCUAUACAUAAAUUCUGAGUUUCUACAGCAGAGAAUUCAUUAUCUCUUACUGGAAAAGUGCCCCCACAUUCCUCAAGCGUAGGGAAUUACCUAGCAUAUUAAUGACACCUGUUUCUCAGUGUGUCCUAUUCUGUGUAAAAGAAAAAUAUUUCAGAUGUAACGGGCGAGAACCGUUUUCCAGGUGUAAAUUCUCUUAGAGGUGUACAGCUAAUGCCUGGUGAAUUUAGGCUGAAGCAAUGUUCUGAGUCAAGGAAUGCAGAAGAUUGUGAGUCAAGGGGGAGGGUUACUGUGGUGUUUUGCCAUUUUUUGUUUGUUUAUUGUUACAUGUAAAAAAUGCCUUAUUAGCUUAAGGGUGACAAAGUAAAAUAUUGUCAAAGUUUUGUAAAGUGAAUGUGUUUGUAGGGCACUUGCACCACCUUGUGAUAAAAGUGAUGUAUAGCAGUCUUUGUAAUCAGAUGCUUUUGCCAUAUGAUGAUCUUAAUAUAUACACAUGUACAGCAGAGAAAUAACCUAUAACCAGAAUUUUUUUACUUUCCUAUGUAUUUCAGUUCUGAUGAAGUUAACUGAUUUACGGUGCCUAUGCAUUAAAAAUAUUAUUUCAGUA